ACACUUUGUUGAGCUCUUUCUGUGAGCGCUGAAGGUACGUCUUUACCCACGGGGAAACUAUCCGGUAAGAGUUGUAGGUUAACCCGUUAAAGCCGGAGGCUGAUGAGUGCCUUCACAGACUUCUGUGAAGACAGGAUGUCAACAUCCACGGAGAUAACCGGUUAACCGACAGCUUCCUCGUGUGGCCGGGGCACAGAAGAGAGCGGGCCGCCGUGGAGGGUUCCCAGUCCUGUGUGGGAUGUUAAUGGACUGGUGUCGCGUUGAGGCUGAAGGAGCAUGGUGAAACACCAACCCUUGCAGGUCUAUGAGAAACAGGUCUUUGUGUCCUUUGUCACUGGGAUCUAUGGUUGCCGCUGGAAACGCUACCAGCGUUCCCAAGACGACAGCUCCAGGUGGGAGUGUACAUGGUUCGUCAUCUUGUGCAGUUCUUUCCUCCUGCUUCUCUUUUGGGCCUACUUCUGGUUGGUGGCACAAAAUGAUUUCAACGAGUUCAACUGGUUGGUAUACAACCGCUCUGGAGAAUGGAGGGACGAGACAAUCCCCAUCCUCGCAUCCACCACCGUGGGAUUCAGCUACAUCACAUUCUUAUUGAUUUUAGCACUUUUCCAUAUAUCCUUGGGCCAGCAGCUAAACCUCUACUGGGUUCACAAGAUAGGAGUUUUGGCUACAUUGCUCACCACUAUCUCUGGCGUCAUCUCGGUCGAUGACGUAUGGGGAGAUGAGUGGGACAUCCUGCUGGUUUCACUGCAGUCCACAGCACCUUUCCUGCACAUUGGAGCCCUGGUGACCGUCACAGCCAUCAGCUGGUUGGUAGCUGGGUAUGUGGUCCGCAGAGAGCGAUCCAAUUUCCAGGUGAUGAUGUUGCUGAUCUACAUGGUCAUCCUCCUGGUUGUGUAUUUGGUGCCGCUCACAUUCACCUGCCCCUGCAUCAUGGACCGCCACAGCCUCGGAGCACGACCAGACAUCAUCGGUCGACGGGGAGCUCCCAUGCUGGCCCCAGAAAACACCAUGGUGUCCUUUAACAGAGCCCUGCAGUACGGAGCCAGCUCCCUUGAGGCAGACGUCACGAUCAGUGUGGAUGGUUUCCCGUUCCUUAUGCGGGACCGCACAUUGAAACGAACGACAGACGUCCACAAGGUCUUUCCAGGCAGGCGGUACGAUGACGCCUCUUUCUUCAACUGGACUGAGAUCCGCUCUCUAAAUGCAGGCCAGUGGUUUUUGGAGAGUGACCCCUACUGGACAGUAGAAACCCUCACAGCGAGGGAGCGCAGCAGAAUAGGCAACCAGACGGUCUGCAGUCUGGUGGAAAUGCUGCGUCUGGUCGUCAGGGCCAACGGCUCUGCACUGCUCAACGUCCGCAGGCCUCCUCCAGAGCACCCGCGCCACCGCAGCUGGUUCAUGGACACGCUGUGGGCUGUGCAGAAAGCGGGGAUUUCCCAGACGAGGGUGAGGACUGUGACGUGGACCCCCGACACGGACAGGGGGAGGGUGAGAGGGCUUCAGCAGACCGCCAACGAGAAGCUGUCGGUGGAAGAGAUAAGGCAGAGGGGAAUAACCAGCCUGACCCUCCACUACAGCAAGGCCAGCCACAAAGACAUACAGGAGUAUCUGGCCAAUAAUGUGAGUGUGACGGUCUAUCCAGUAAAUGAGCCCUGGCUCUACUCCAUCCUGUGGUGUAGCGGGGUGCCUUCUGUGUCCUCCGAUGCCCCCCAAGUCCUCCGAAAGGUGCCUUACCCCAUCUGGCUCAUGAGCCAGAACGCUUACAACUUUAUCUGGAUCACUUCCGAUCUGGUCUCCAUCGCCGUAGUCAUAGGGACUUUCUGUUUCCAGAAGUGGAGGAUGAGAGGGAUGCAGACUUAUAACCCGGAGCAGAUCAUGCUGAGCGCCGUGGCCCGCCGGUCCAGUCGGGACGUCAACAUCAUGAAGGAGAAGCUCAUAUUCUCAGAUCUCAACAAUGGACUCGGCAGCACAGAGGAGCUGUGCCUGUACCCUGAGAACGGUUAUGCCACGUACUCUCAUGGAGACCUCGGCCACUGAACUGAACCCACGGCUGGACGUCGGCCGACUGGACCUUGUUUUGUCGUCAGAAGGAAGGAGCACAGCUGGGGGAACCGAUCUGUCAACUUAUGGAGUUAUGACACCAACUUGUAUCUAAAGUGUUUGGCCUAUUGAUUUAUCUGUUUUUAAAAUAACACAUUUUGUUAAUGUGUAAGUUCCAUGUAAUAAAUGUAAUAUCAUUUUUUAUGUAUUUUCAUUCCGUAAUACUGCCAGCAUUUUCAAUGAAAAUAGUUCACCACUUUUAACAUUGCUGUCAAGAGUCAGUUUCCUGUUUUCAGUGUUAGAAAUGUGUUCAAAAUUCUUCACUGGGACAACAUGUGUGUGUCUGGUCUUUAGGGGUCAGCUGACCAGUGACCAAAUGUCUCAUGAUGAGGUGGAUGCUAUUUCCUCCGUUGACCAGGUGAACCUGGGAUUUGUGUUUCUCAGAACCUUAUUUAAAUCAAUUAUUCAUUUAAAAACAUAAUUGUAUCAACAAUAUUACAGGAUACGUUUGGUGUGGUGAUUGGGCCAAAAUCCAUUUGACUACGAGAAAAGAAAAUCUGCGUGCUUGAGCGACCUUUAAGCGAAUAUGGGCUGUAUAUUUUCAAUUCAUGUAUUUCACUGUUAACAGGUGUAGUGUUCUGUAUUAUAAACUUAUGUAAAUGAGUUGUUUUUAUUCUGUUUUUCAAUAGUUUGGACAUAUCAAUUGUAUAUUUUCAGUUUUCAUUUAUUACCAUUGUGACUGUCCUUUUAUGUGCGAAAGACAGAAUAUGGACUACAAGAAAACUUUUUUUCGGGACGGGGUAUUGUGAUGAAUGUUCUUUUCUGUCAUGCCAUGAUUGAUUUACUGUAUAGUCAUAUUAGCUAUUACAUCUUUCACGUGACUGCCUUUUUGUUAACUUUAUGGACUGGUAGUAAGUGUUAAAUAUUUAGUGUAGUCUUUACAACUUUCUAGUUACAGCUACACCGACAUGUCGGCUGUUCAA